AUGGUAUCAGAAGAGCCAAUAUCUAACGAGUCACCGAUCCGAGUUACCACCAUGUCUUCCUCCUCUGAUCAAAACCCAAACUUCAAUCUCAACACCCAACCUCCUUCUGCCGCAGAAAAACCACUCAUUGCCCUCGACAUCACUGCCCAAAUCAAUGAAAAGUUAACUCCCUCCACCUUUCCUCAAUGGCGUGCUCAAUUUGAAGCACUCCAGGCAUCCUUCGCCUCUACAUCUUCGUCGAUCACCCCACUCAUUGCUACGGCAAAGACCUCCCAUGAAGCUUGGAAAAAGCUCAAUAAUUUAUAUGCUAGCCGAUCACGAACUCGUGCUAUGCAGUUAAAGGAGGAACUCACCUUAAUCCAGCGUGGAAAUCGGUCCAUCACGGAAUAUCUCCAUGCUGUGAAGGCCUUGGCUGAUGAAAUAGCCAUUAUUGAUCAUCCAAUUUCGGAUGAUGACCUAACCCUUUAUGUAUUAAAUGGUUUAGGUCCAGAUUUUCGGGAGAUCGCAGCGCCUAUCUGA